AUGCCGGGCCAGGAAGAUACGCUGCAGUCGAGAAAAACCCUCGUGCAGGAACUGUGGCCGCCUGGGCUUGCAGUAAGCCAUACGAUCCUGGGCAUGGGUAGUCGCCUUGAACAACUCGAGACUUCAUUGGCGGACACUCAGAGGUCCUUGAAGCGACUUUUCGAGGGUUCAUCGACUGUCUCAUCUUCCUCAGGACACCCACCCAGCCCAGCGGUGCCUACACCACAAUUGACUGAUCAACGGUGCCCUGAUUCGUUAAAAUUGCCCGUAUUCACGAGGCCGCUUGGUCGAUUUGUCGUGGACCAGAAUAGUGACGAGAGAUGCUUUGGCCCGACAUCUCUUGAGUCACUGAUGCUCAACAUCAAGGAUGAGCUCUUGCAGAGUCCUGACCUCGAAAGACACACCGUGAAGGAAUGCGUGAUGCAAGCACAACGCAAAAUUGAUCUUCUGGUUGGCCAGGGGCAAGAGACUCCAAUUAUUGGGGAAAAGUCUCCGCCCGCGAUGCCUCCCUUUGCCAUUUUGGACGCCAUGAUUGAGCCAUACUUUACAACAACCAAUGAUCAUUUUCCUAUCUGGACAAAGAAGAGGUUCACACAAAUGGCUACUACUUUGCGGCAAGCAUCGCCAUCCGAACGGGACCUUGCUUCUAUCGUCUGCUGCAACAACCUCAUCAUCAUGGCCAUGUCAGCGGACUCCCUAGGCUCCCACCAGUGGGAGUCCAUGAUCUCCAAGCAGUCCCACAAGACUUCGUCAAUCGACUUUGACCUUAUUGCGGGCUUUUUGACAAACGCAAAGCGCGCUGUGAGCAAUAUUGACCAACUUGUGUCGCCGCACCUGAUCAAUGUGCAGGCACUCUUAUCUCUGCACAUAGUCGCGCAAGUGUACCUCUCUAUAAGUAUAUCCGAGACGCUGCUUGCUCUAGCAACCAGAUGUGCCAAGUCCAUUGGCAUCCACCAGUGGCACUCCUUUCAGAGUCAACUGAGUGAUGACGACGUCAAAGAAAAACAAAACCUUUCAUACUGCUUAUACGUUCUUGAUAAGGCCGUCUGCUGGACGGCUGGGUCAUCUCCCAGUAUACCAGUCUCCGAAGUCCAUUUCGACCCACGCCUGGCGCCUUCUGAAAACGGCAUCCCGUCCUGCCUUGUUGCAAAGGCUGAGAUGGCUAGGAUAGAGGAGACCGUAUACCUGGAGAUAUACGCUGUCCAUGUGCAGGCGAGAGACGAAGAUCAAGUUCGAGGAUUUGCAGCCUCGGUUUUGUCAAGACUCCAAGUUUGUCUCACCGAAUCGGGAGUCGAUUUGGACAAGAUACAGAAAUCGCUUGAAGGCUCCGCUUCGAAUCUCCAGCUGGCAAUCAGAUAUCUUUCUGUUCAGCUGCUCCUCAUCUGGCCCCACAAGCACCAUCCCGAUCCCAUGUUUCAACGGGCUCCCGAGGUCGCUCGAAUGUGUUUGAAACUCUUGUUACGCCUGUGGCAUUCCCCACCCGACCAAGGGAGCCAGGCUGUUUUCUCAUUCUUUCUCGCCUCACUUCCGCCACUAUAUCUUUACGAAGUAUUGUCAUCCAUCCUCGGUGGUCAGGGGUCCAAUUGGGACAUCGACAUGCUUCAAGAGUUUGUUGAGAUGCUCCAGACCAUAACCGACUGCCGCGCAGAAGCCUCGUACAAUCGACGGCUAUACCAGCUGUCACUUAUUGUCACCGACGUGAUAAAGGCCAGGAAGACUCAGCACAAACGGCAGAAGCCGACCUCGGAAGGACCAACGAACCCUUAUUUGAUGCCAGAGCUACUCUCCCCCCCAACAAGCGGUUACGGCUGCAUGACUUCAGAUGUUCAAGAAACCUAUGAUUCACGCUUCGACAGUGCCGUUUUCCAAGAUCCAGAUGGUUCUUUUGCCUCCAUGGACCCAAUCCCGUCGGCGAGCGGCGAGUUGGCUCGAGGCUCAGAUUCGUUUUUGCCGCAGUUGAGGAGCUACGCGAAGACGGCUCCCGGGAACGAAAAUUUCAAUUCUCUGGCCAUGGAAGCCUUGGGAGAGUCUGUUCUGUUUUGGAAGGGCGUCAAUCAAGGUGCCAGGGUUGAGAGCCCGUCAGUCAGUAAGGGUGGCCCUCCACCAGAAAACGCGGCCUCACUUCCUUUUGUCGCGGAAUUGGCCUUGGAAGACCAAACCGCCAUUAUGGGAUCCAUUAAGGAUUACUUUGGAGUCCUCUGCCUCGGCGCAGCAGCCGGUAUCUACUUCAAGCCCGAAUACGCCAUCUACGACUCCAGAAUCGCGGCCAUUGCCGUUUUAAUUACAGGCAUCACCAUAUCAAAGCUGCUCUAUCAGUUAUUCAUCUACCCUCAAUUCUUCACGCCGUUGAAACACUUUCCGGCCCCGCCAAAUCGGCACUGGCUCACGGGCAAUACGGGCAGUCUGCUCGUCGACACCCCCCAUGCGCUAAUGAAGGAGUGGGCCAAGACUAUUCCCAAUGAUGGAAUUCUCCGUUACUACAUUGUGGGAAACAUGGAAAGGCUCACGAUCACCAGUCCUGCUGUCCUAAGCGAAAUUCUGGUGAGCAAGGCCUACGACUUCGCAAAACCCUUGGUGAUACAGCAAACAUUGAGGCGUGUGCUGGGCAAUGGCAUCCUGAUUGCCGAGGGCGAGGAGCACAAGUUUCAACGUAAGAAUCUCAAGCCAGCGUUUGCGUACCGCCAUAUCAAGGAUCUCUAUCCUGUCUUCUGGUCCAAGGGCACGGAGAUGGCCAAGUUGAUUCGAAAGGAUCUGCAGAGCAGAAAAGCCCCGGAAGAUAACACAAUUCAAGUGCGAACCUGGGCCAGUCGAUCCUCGCUGGACAUCAUCGGGUUGGCGGGCAUGGGCCGGGAUUUCGACUCCUUGCACGACCCCGAAAACAGUCUCAGCCAAUCUUACGAAAUGAUCUUCGCCACGCCGGGUCUGGGAACAAAGAUCCUUUUUAUACUUGGAAUGCUCCUGGGGAAUACGACAUGGCUAGCAAAGCUACCCACCAGGCAGAAUAAGCUCAUUGACACCGGCUGCCGCAAUAUCCGGGAUGCCACGCGGCGGAUGAUCCGCGAGCAGAAGGUCAAAAUGGAAGAUCCAACUGCAGGGACCGAGGUCGAUAUCAUUUCCGUCGCAAUGCGGAGCGGCAACUUUGACGACGAGAACCUCGUCGACCAGCUGAUGACCUUCCUCGGCGCCGGCCACGAGACAACCGCUGGGGCUCUGCAAUGGGCUGUAUAUGCGCUUUGCAAGCACCCAGAGGUCCAGACCCGCCUGCGUGACGAAGUCCGCGCCAACCUGCCAUCUGUCAAUGCCGAGAACCCCAGUCCCAUCGACGCUGCGACCAUUGACAGCCUCCAAUAUCUAAAUGCCGUCUGCAAUGAAGUCAUCCGCUUCCACCCGUCUGUGCCAAAUACCGUCCGUGUGGCGUUAAAUGACACCACUCUGCUGGGGAAGCCUAUCCCCAAGGGCACGCAAGUCGUCAUUUCGCCGGAACUUGUCAAUCAUAUGCCGGCGCUUUGGGGGCCGGACGCGGAACAGUUCAACCCCGAUCGAUGGAUGGGCCCCGGCAGGGCCAACACCGGCGGCGCAUCCAGCAACUACGCUUUCCUGAGCUUCCUUCACGGUCCCCGCAGUUGCAUUGGUCAGGGAUUCGCCAAGGCGGAACUGGCAUGUCUCCUCGCUGCGGUGGUCGGUAGCUUUGAGUUCGAACUGAAAUACCCCGACGCUCCACUGGAGGUGCGCGAGGGAGCGACUAUUGCGCCAAAGGACGGCGUCCUGGCCAAAUUCACUCCUUUGGAAGGAUGGUAG